AUGACCAAGCAGACGCCCACUUACGACGCGCUCAAGCUGCCCGAGCACAUCAAGACGGUUCUCCUGACGGGAGCGGGAGGUUUCGUCGGCCGCGAGGUCACCAAGCUCAUGCUCGACCUGUACCCGAACCUCCGCAUCAUUACGACGGACAUUGUCGAGCCUCCCCGCGUCAUUGACGACGAGAAGCGCCUGAAGGUCGUCAAGGCGGAUCUCGGCGAUGAGAAGCAGAUCGAUGCCCUGUUCGAGGGUGAAGAGGUCGGGGGUCUGAUUGCGCUUCACGGAAUCAUGUCCGGCGGUUCGGAGGCCAACUUUGAGCUCGGAUACGCUGUCAACGUCGACUCGCACGUCAAGCUGCUGGCCGCCGCCAGACGUCACUCGGAAAACGUCCUGAAGCGCAAGAUGGUGUACUGCUUCAUCUCCUCUCUGGCCGUCUACGGCGGACCGAAGUGCAAGCCAACAGACCACGUCGUUCCCUCCGACACGCCCAUCAUCCCGGGCACGUCUUACGGUGUCGAGAAGACGAUUUCGGAGCUGUACGCCUUCGACUACGGCCGCAGGGGAUACCUCGACACGCGCUCUCUGCGUCUCCCCACCGUCGCCAUUCGUACCGGUGCGCCCUCAACGGCCGCGUCGAGCUUCAUCUCGGGCCUGAUUAGGGAGCCGCUGCAGGGCCUGCCCUCCGUGUGUCCCGUCGCCGACGGGCCGGACGGGGAGCUCAUCGACGGCAUGCCCGUGUACCUCUCGCGCGCGAAGACGGUGUUCCGCAACAUUGUGUGGGGCCUGUGCAUGCCCGAGGACAACUUCAAGUACGGCAAGGGCGACCGCAGUAUCAACAUCCCGGGCAUUACCGUGACGACGCGCCAGAUUCUGGACGCGCUGAAAGAGCACGGGGGCGAGGAGGCCACCAAGCUCGUCAGCUUCAAGAAGGACCCGGCCGUCAUCGCCAUUUGUGAGACGUGGGCUGGAUCUUAUGACUGCGACGAGUUCCUCAAGAUGGGAUUCGAGGUCGACGACGCCCAGACGGGAUACAGCCUUGCGGUGGGCGACUUCAAGGAGGAGCUGGAACAGGAGCGUGCGGCAAAGAAGCCCAAGCUUGACGCGUAG